AUGGACGUUGAUAUUGCGCCCCAGUUCGGCGCUGAACUCAAGGAUGGCUUCAAGAAUGUAAAUGCUUGGGUCUCCGGCGGCAUCUCCUGGCUAGAUGACAUUCAGCAAUUCUACCGAGAACGAAGCGCCAUAGAGAAGGAGUAUUCGGCGAAGCUGAGCGCACUAGCCAAAAAGUACUACGAGAAAAAGGCAAAGAAGCAGAGCAGCUUGAGUGUUGGCGACAACCCCACGGUUACUCCCGGCUCUCUGGAAAGCGCUUCCAUGACCACAUGGGGAGUCCAGUUGAGCACUCUUGAAUCUCGCGCAGCCGAACAUGAACAAUUCGCCGGCGCCCUCAUUACACAACUGGCUGACCCCCUCAAGGUCCUUGGAACAAGGACCGAAGAAUUGCGCAAACUUCACGGAGACUACGCAGCCAAGUUGGAAAAGGAACGGGAUAACCAAUACGCAGAGUUGCGCAAACAAAAGGGCAAAUACGACAGCGUUUGCCAGGAGGUCGAGAGCCGGCGCAAGAAGGUUGACACUGCGUUCGACCAUGGCAAAGCAAAGGCUCGUAAUGCAUUUGAGCAACAGCAAGUCGAAAUGCGCAAUGUCAAGAAUACUUAUCUGAUUAGCAUUAAUGUGACCAACAAGCAAAAGGAGAUGUACUACCAUGAGUAUGUCCCUGAGCUACUAGACAGCCUGCAAGAUCUUUCAGAAACACGAGUCCAUAAGUUAAAUACUAUAUGGUCGCUUGCCGCAGAGAUCGAGACCCAAACGCUUACCCGAAGUACGGAGUAUAUGAAGCAUCUGGCUGGUGAGAUUCCGCGCAACAACCCCUUACUUGACUCUAUGAUGUUUGUGCGACACAAUGCCGGUUCAUGGCAAGAGCCAGGCGAUUUCCAAUUCGAGCCCAGCCCUGUCUGGUUAGACGACGCCAAUAUCGCUGUCGACGAGUCCGCGACUGUAUUCUUGCGCAACGUACUUACAAAGUCAAAAUCUUCAUUGGGAGAGCAUAAGCGGGAGCUCGAGAAAAAGCGCAAGGAGGUAGAGAAUGCUAAAGCAGUACGACAAAAAGUAAGAGAAGGAAAGGAUAAGAGAGACGAGGUGGAAAUUGUUCGCGCCAUUUUUGCGAUACAGGAAGCAAUGCAUGAAGUUGAGCGCCAGAAAGUCAGCGCUGAAGUUGAAGUUUCUACAAUUACCUCCGUUGUGGGUGAUCUUAGCAUUGGCGCAAGAAACCACAACUUCAAAUCUCAAACAUUCAAGAUACCCACAAAUUGCGACCUCUGCGGAGAUCGGAUAUGGGGUCUAUCUGCAAAAGGCUUCGAUUGUAAAGACUGUGGUUACACAUGCCAUAGCAAGUGCGAGAUGAAGGUCCCUGCAGACUGCCCUGGAGAGCAGACCAAAGAAGCGAAGAAGAAACUGAAGGAUGAACGACAGAAGGCUGCACACACUGUAACCGCAACGAAUGGUACCGCAACGGGCUCGGGCGCAGAGAUGCCUCGUCUAGGAAGAAGCGAUACAGUGAAUUCGAUGAACACACUGAGCUCUGGCUACUCAGCAACGGCACAGCGAUCGAUAGCCGGAGGAGCCAUGUCGCCAACCGUCGAAGAAACCCCCCCACCUCCGGAAAAGAAAGCACCAGCGCCAGCACCAGGUCCUAGGAGGAACCGGAUAGUCGCACCUCCACCUGCUCAGUACAUCAAGGCUGACGACGACAUCCCGACUCCCACAUCAAAAUCUGCUGAGCCAAAGGGCAGAAUGCUGUAUGCUUACCAAGAAAACGGCGCUGGCGAGGUGACCGUGUCUGAGGGCACUGAUGUUACUAUAUUAGAACCUGAUGACGGAUCUGGAUGGAUCAAGGUUCGCGCUGGCUUCAAGGAAGGCCUUGUACCUGCAGCAUAUGUGGAGAUAAUAGCAGCAACUCCGCCCACUACAGCCUCGACAUUCUCGUCAGCGCGCCCAGACUCGACAUACUCUGCAUCUUCUGCGUCGACAUCAAAUUUGAAUUCGGCCGCUCCUGUUAAGAAGAAGGGCCCAGCUGUAGCGCCAAAACGUGGCGCAAAGAAGCUCAAAUACGUCGAAGCACUAUACGAUUACACUGCGCAAACCGACGUGGAGCAUUCCAUGGCAGAAGGAGACCGUUUCGUGCUCAUUAAUAUGGACGCUGGGGACGGAUGGGCAGAUGUAGAAAAAGAUGGAGUUGUACGCAGUGUUCCAGCAAAUUAUAUUCAUCUAGUUUAG